AACCACCUUCAAGUUUUCAAAGGCAAUAAUAAUAUCAACUGCCAAAACAACAAGAACAGAAUCAAGAGAGAGUUGGGUAAUGAUCUACUAUUUUUGAGAUUGGCAUGGCAAACUUGCAAAUUGUUCUUUCAACCAAGACUGUAGAGGCACAAUAUGUGGAAAUGAGGGUGCCUCUCUAUUCUUAUGGGUGUGAGAAGAAAGUCAAGAGGGCUUUAUCACAUCUCAGAGGUAUAUACUCUGUAAAUGUGGAUUUCAAUCAACAGAAAGUGACAGUGUGGGGAAUAUGCAACAAGCACGAUGUGCUAACAACCAUGAGGAAGAAGAGAAAAGGAGCUUGUUUUUGGAACCCAGAAGACAAUAAUGUUGUAGACAUAGAAAUGGAAGAAUCACAACCACCAACGCCACCAUCACCACCCUCUCUUGCUCUUCGACGCUCCCUGCAGCGUUCUUUUACUCUGGAAAAGGCUCGGUCUCUCACCUUGAAAGCAUGGAAGAGGGUCUUCAUCAGAUCCAAUUCAUUUUAAAGUUAAUCUAAUGAACCAAACAAAGAACUAAAAAUGAAUGUAAAUUUGAUCCUUCAAUGUGUUUGUGUUGUGGUGUGUAAAUUGGGUCUUUACUUUAAGCCAAAAUUUUUGACUUGUUUAGCAAGCUUUUUGUCAUCCCCUUCAAUUUUGAAGCAAUGGUCAGCAUGAGUGUGCGCAAAUUGUUACUUGCUA